UUCAUCACCCUUCCACGUGAAUGAUGUGUAGAUGCUCACUAAUAAUAGGAUUGGUGGAAGUAGCUUUCCUCUCUCAGCCAAUGAGAUCCAGGGCUGUACAAAGAGAUCCACUCUCUUCCACCGAGUAGCAUCAGACUCCUAACCGAGACACUGUUCUGCACGGGAGGGGAGGAAUGCAUAUGCAGACACAAAGUAUGACUGACAUCGCUUUCUUUGAGGACGCUUCUCCUUUGGAUUAUGCAACCCUGAUACUACUGCGACAUUGGGAUUCCAGUGGAAAGAUAUGGGAUUUAUUGAACGUGGAAUAAUGUGGAAGAAAUUACCGACAUGGCAGGUGUUAAUGUGGUGGCAUCAUUUCUUCCUUUUGUGGAGUACAAUAGACGGACAGACUCGCUACAGCAUCCCAGAGGAACUGAAGCAGGGAUCGGUGGUAGGAAAUCUAGCCAAAGAUUUGGGUUUGGUUGUUUCUGAAUUGUACCGGCGUAAAUUGCGUAUUACCUCGGAAGCGGGAAAGCAGUAUUUUAAUGUGGACUUGGGGAAAGGAGAAUUGUUGGUGACGGACAGAAUUGAUAGGGAAGAACUGUGUGGGCAAAGACCGUCGUGUCUGUUGCCAUUAGAGCUGAUUAUAGAUAACCCCCUCCAACUGCACAGGGUUGAAAUUGAAAUACAAGACACAAACGAUAAUUCUCCACAUUUUCUUACGAAAGGAAAGGUGCUAAAAAUUGCGGAGCUGGUUAAUCCAGGCACGCGAUUUCCUCUAGAAAGCGCACAGGAUCCUGACGUGGGCAUUAAUUCAGUGCGCUCUUAUAUUAUCAGUAAAAACGAACAUUUCAAACUGACAGUGAAAAAUCAUAAGGAUGGUAGAAAGAUCCCUGAACUGGUCCUCGAUAAACCUCUUGAUAGAGAAAAACUGCCAGAACAUAACUUAAUCCUCACUGCUGUAGAUGGUGGAGAUCCAGUGCGCUCAGGUACAACAGAAAUUACUGUUAUAGUACUUGACAAUAAUGAUAAUGCACCUCAGUUUGAAAGGCAGCUAUAUGAGGCAAAUGUCAGCGAAAAGGCAACAUCUGGAACUGAAAUAGUGCGUCUUAAAGCCACAGAUGCCGACGAAGGACCUAAUGGGGAAAUUGAAUAUUUCUUUGCAGAGCAAACUACAGAUUUGAUACUAUCAAUGUUUGACAUUGAUGCGUCAACUGGAAUGAUAAAGGUUAAAGGCAAUUUAGACCACGAAACUAACUUUUUACAUAGGUUUGAUGUAACUGCAAAAGACAAAGGAAAUCCACAGAUGGAUGGACAUUGUGGUGUGGAAAUUAAAGUAAUUGAUGUGAACGACAAUGUCCCUGAAAUAACUGUGUCAUCACUAACAACACCUGUUUCUGAAGAUUCAGCAAUAGGAACAGUUAUAGCAAUAUUAUCUGCAAAAGAUAUGGAUUCUGGUGACAACGGCAAAGUUAAUUUAAAAAUAUCCCAUAUGUCCCCUUUUAAGUUAAAUCCGUCGGUGUCGAAUCAUUAUUCACUGGUGACAAAUGAACGGCUUGAUCGUGAAAAAAAUGACAGAUACAGUGUCAGGAUAACUGCCACAGAUGGUGGAAAACCCCCAUUAACAAGUGAAAAAGUCAUAAUGGUUGAAUUAUUGGAUGUAAACGACAACCCGCCACUUUUUUCCCAGGACGCAUAUGUAGUUUAUAUAAAGGAAAAUUAUGCUCCUGGAAAUAUUUUGUGCUCUGUGUCAGCAACUGAUCUGGAUUCAGGUGAAAACGCAAAAAUCUCUUACUCCAUACUGGACUCUAAAGUGCAGGACGUUUCUGUAUCUUCUUAUGUUUACAUUAACUCGGAUAACGGCAGCAUCUACAGCAUGCACUCGUUUGAUUAUGAGAAAAUGAAGGUUUUUCAGAUUCAGGUCCAGGCAAAGGAUCAGGGCUCUCCGUCUCUCAGCAGCAACGCCACUGUCCAUGUUUUUAUCCUGGACCAGAACGACAACGCCCCCGCUGUUAUUUACCCCUCCUCCGCUGUCCUGGGCUCCCUCUCUCAUCAGAGGAUGCCCCGCUCCGCUAAAGCGGGUCACCUGGUCACAAAGGUGACGGCUGUGGACGCAGACUCGGGCCAUAACGCUUGGAUCUCUUACAAACUGGCGGAGGCCACGGACGCCUCUCUGUUCACCGUCAAUCUGUACACAGGAGAGGUGAGGACUAAACGCGCUGUGUCCGAGCAGGACGACUCCUCUCAGAGGCUGCUCAUUGAGAUCAGGGACGACGGAGAACCGGUCCAGUCCGCCACCGUCACGGUGUCCAUCCUGAUGGAGGACGGGCUCCACGAACCCAUCUUAGACCUGAGACAGAAAGCGGCCGAGCCCAGCAAGAAAACUGGCAGAAUCACCCUUUAUUUGAUUCUGUCUCUGGCCUCGGUGUCCGUGCUGUCUCUGGUGACUUUUCUCAUCUUAGCGGUGAAAUGCAUCAGGAGCAGCAGGAGCAGCGGGAGCUGCUGCACGAGACGGAGUGACUGUGAUGAUUACAAGAACCCCAACAGAAACCUGCAGAUUCAGCUCAACACUGACGGACCCAUAAAGUACGUGGAGGUCCUGGGAGGAGACAUGUUGUCUCAGAGUCAGUCCUUCAGGUCCUGCAUGUCUCCAAUGUCGGAGUACAGUGAUUUCACUUUGAUCAAACCCAGCAGCACCACAGACUUUAAGGAGGUGAUCAGUGUGCUGGAUGCGUCUUUACCCGACAGCACCUGGACCUUUGAGAGCCAGCAGGUGAGCACGUAAGAUUUUAUGAAGCUACGUUUAGUUCCAU